AUGUCUGAACCUCCGAAUAAUGAUCGAACCCCGCCGAAUUCCGGCCAAUCAUGCCGGGAAUGCAGACGACGCAAAGGCAAAUGUGAUGGGAAAAUGCCUGUAUGCUCGAUCUGCCAGAGAUACAAUCGACAUUGUCUAUACGACAAACAUAGCCGGUCGUCUCUGACCAGAAAGCACCUUACAGAGGUCGAGGAGCGAUUGGAGAAAGCAGAGGCAUUGUUAAGGACAUUCUUCAGUGAUGCCGAGUUAGCCCAAAUGCUAGUCCAUGGCGUCUCCAACGGUGUUGAUGCCACAACAAGGCAUUCAGCCACAUUUCCCGGAGCGGUGGAGAGUCCUUCCGCACAGCCUGGACCCGUCAGCAACGCUUUUACGGCUCAUCCGGCUCUGAAUCCAUCCACCGCUGGCGCUCGAAGUCUUGAUUCAUCUUUCCCCCCUGGGCAGGAGGCAGACCAAAAGCCGAAAUUCGGUGCUAUGCAAACUUCCAGAUCACUGUACUCCGAUGCCAGACAGAGCGCUGCUACCCCCUUGGAAAGCCACCCCACCGCCGAAGAUGAUUUCGAAUGGGACGAGCGGGAACCAGCCCGGGAUCUCACUAACCCAGGUGGAGACAGUCGAACUUUCGAAGAUGAAAUACAAGCUGGUAUCCCCAACGUUACCGACGGCAUGGCCACCCUGACGGUCGACGACUCCAACACUGGCUUUCUGGGUCCAGUCUCCGGAGCGGCACUUCUACGCUUGAUAUGGAUGGGUCACUCGACGGACGGUGCGGAAGACAGGCAGUAUGUAGGGACAGAGCGGCGCAAAAGUCUUGAAGAGCUUUUCAAGAAGAACCAAACCGACUACGCUCCAUCGCUACCCUGGCUUCAGACACAGCCUCUGAUCACGCGAGCGAUUGCAGACAAUCUUAUCGACGCCUACUUUACGCUUUACCAUCCAACCUUUCCAAUUCUACACGAGCCCACCUUCCGCGAACAAUAUUCAACACAUAAUGACCGUCCGCGCCAAGGUGCGUGGCACAUACUGGCCAAUCUUGUGGCGACUCUUGGCUCCUUUGUGUCAACGGGUUGUUUAGACGAUACCCAUAUCAUAUUAUUCAACGCCGUCAAAACUAACCUCACGAUCGACUCCUUAGAGACCGGGAGUCUCAGCCUUGUCCAAGCAUUUGCAAUGGCCGCAAACUAUCUGCAAAAGAGGAAUCGACCUAACAGCGGAUACAAUUAUGGAGGUAUCGCUCUCCGUCUAGCCAUUUCACUUGGCCUUCAUAAGGACUUCCAUGGAUGGCAGACCGCUCCUUUCAAGAAGGAGAUUCGCCGGCGGGUGUGGUGGUCAUUGUGCGUUUUGGAUGUCGGGGCGACUGUCACAUAUGGUCGACCGUUGAACUGGCCACAGAUUGGAGUUGAGACUGCGUUCCCACUGAAUAUUCAUGAGAAGGAUCUGACACCCGCCUCCACCGUGAUGCCGCCCGAGGCAGAGGAGGUCACUCUGUACACCUACGUUCGCACUCAGUCGUUAUAUCAUCUCCGAACAAUGCGCAUCUACAAUCGACUCAUUUCCAGUCCUGUCCCUUCCGCUGCCGAGCUCAUUUUAUUGGACGAUGAACUUGUCCAAGGCUGGGUGACGAGUCUCCCCUCAUAUUACUGUGACCGACACCUCCCGCUUCCCAAGGAACUUCUGCUUGGUCAUGCCAUCGGCCGAUGGCGGUUUCGACUGCUCCGGAUCAUCAUGUACCGCCCAUUCUUGGUCCGAUGGGCACAGGACGGCUCUGGGUCGGUGAAAUCUCUCGCAUCUACGUCCCAAACCCUGACCCCGGAAAUCAUCCCCACCAUCCGUUGUUUCAAGGCCGCCGAAGAGUGUAUCUCAUGCAUUCAGCAAUUUUGGUCCACUGGGACCCACACCAGGCUAGCUGCCUGGUAUGUCUUGUAA